UAUUUCCACGAGUAAAUCGCCAGGACAAUUCCUCCAUGUGAUCGUCAUUCCUGACACUCCUUACCUGCAUUUUGGUCUACCACAAGCCCCACGAAGGUGGCAUCCACUCCUUUUUACACCAAACAGGAUCUAUUAUCGCUAUGCUUCGGCUUCCCACAAUCCUUACGGCUUUGUCCACAUGUGUUAAUGCACUGUCGCUCUCUCCAUCUGGAGCCGUCAAAGUCACACCCCAUGAUGCAUUUAGUUCGACUAUCGGUGUCCACGGCUGCAAGAUUGACGUGAACCGCAUGGCUUAUUGGCCCUACUGGCCAGACUGCUCAGGCAUGUGCAUCAAACUCACACACGGCUCCCGUUCUCGUACCGUGCUUCAUUUGGACGUCUCGGGUGGAGCUCAUGAUAUUUCUUUCGACACGUACCAGUACCUAGCAUACGGCACUUCCGCGACGGCAUCGCCCGCCCUUCUGAACCCUGAUGCCGGCGGGGCACUCGAUGUGGACUACGAGGUCGUUGACAUGAAGGAAUGUGCAGACAUCAUCACGUCUGACACCGGCAAGAUGUCUUUCAUGGCGCUGAGUCCUAAUCAGGUCAACAAGUGUAUUGCCGAGGGUGAUAAUUGGGUGGCCGAAAACUACGAACUGAGGAACAUCAAUGACUCUCAAUGCCAAUACGGAAUAGAUGAGUCCUGCACACUUGACUCCGUCACGGGCACGGCGACGUGUCCUUCGGGAACUGGCGCGAAAGUUGCCUCGUUGACCCCAGCGCAGCCUGUCAUAGAUCUUCGGUACCCAUGUGGAGUGGAAGCCAUCGCCGGUCAGGCUCCGCCUGCUGCCCAGGAUUGUGCUACUGAAACGAAGGCGGCUAUUUCUUGAAUUUGGAGUUUUCAUGUCAACUUAAUUAGCGACACUAGGAACACAUGUUUACUGGUUGAAUCAGAAACAAGGAAAUUCUAGGCUGUA